GCACGGAGCGUACGUACAUUGCAGUAGCUAGCUAUAGCUGGCCGGCCAUCCCCUCUCGCUCGCUGCUAAACACGUUCCAGCUUGUUUGCUCAGAGAAACAGCGCGCGCGCACACACACACACAUCAUCAUCAUCGAUUCAUCGUACACAGGAUCAGAGAGCUUAAUUAGUUCUAGCUCUGCUGCAUGCCCCUUCGACAACGUCCGACGAUGGGCGGCGGCGGCGGCGGUGUAGCUAAGAUGCCGGCAGGCCAGCUCUGGUUAUUACUGCUAGGCGUGUUGUUGUUAGCAUUUGGAGUCCCAGCCCAGGCCUCCAGGAAUACUCACUACGACUUCGUUAUAACUGAGACGAAGGUCACCCGACUAUGCCAUGAGAAGACCAUCCUGGCCGUGAACGGGCAGUUCCCGGGGCCGACCAUCUACGCGCGCAAGGACGACGUGGUCAUCGUCAACGUGUACAACCAGGGCUACAAGAACAUCACCCUCCACUGGCACGGCGUGGACCAGCCGCGGAACCCGUGGUCCGAUGGCCCGGAGUACAUCACGCAGUGCCCCAUCCAGCCCGGCGCCAACUUCACCUACAAGAUCAUCUUCACCGAGGAGGAAGGCACGCUGUGGUGGCACGCGCACAGCGAAUUCGACCGCGCCACCGUGCACGGCGCCAUCGUCAUCCACCCCAAGCGCGGCACCGUCUACCCCUACCCCAAGCCGCACAAGGAGAUGCCCAUCAUCCUCGGCGAGUGGUGGAACGCGGACGUGGAGCAGAUCCUCCUCGAGUCCCAGCGGACCGGCGGCGACGUCAACAUUUCGGACGCCAACACCAUCAACGGCCAGCCCGGCGACUUCGCCCCGUGCUCCAAGGAGGACACCUUCAAGAUGUCCGUGGAGCACGGCAAGACGUACCUGCUCCGGGUCAUCAACGCGGGGCUCACCAACGAGAUGUUCUUCGCCGUCGCCGGGCACCGCCUCACGGUGGUCGGCACCGACGGCCGCUACCUCAGGCCGUUCACCGUCGACUACAUCCUCAUCUCCCCCGGACAGACCAUGAACAUGCUCCUCGAGGCCAACUGCGCCACCGACGGCUCAGCCAACAGCCGCUACUACAUGGCUGCGAGGCCGUUCUUCACCAACACGGCAGUCAAUGUCGACGACAAAAACACCACGGCCAUUCUGGAGUACACGGACGCGCCACCCUCCGCGGGGCCACCGGACUCCCCCGACCUGCCGGCCAUGGACGACAUCGCCGCGGCGACGGCGUACACGGCGCAGCUCCGGUCCCUGGUCACCAAGGAGCAUCCGAUCGACGUGCCGAUGGAGGUGGACGAGCACAUGCUCGUGACGAUCUCCGUCAACACGAUCCCCUGCGAGCCCAACAAGACGUGCGCCGGCCCCGGAAACAACCGCCUCGCCGCGAGCCUGAACAACGUCAGCUUCAUGAACCCGACCAUCGACAUCCUCGACGCCUACUACGACUCCAUCAGCGGCGUGUACGAGCCGGACUUCCCCAACAAGCCGCCCUUCUUCUUCAACUUCACCGCUCCCAACCCGCCACAGGACCUCUGGUUCACGAAGCGGGGCACCAAGGUGAAGGUGGUGGAGUACGGCACCGUCCUGGAGGUGGUGUUCCAGGACACGGCCAUCCUCGGCGCCGAGAGCCACCCCAUGCACCUGCACGGCUUCAGCUUCUACGUGGUGGGCCGAGGCUUCGGUAACUUCGACAAGGACAAGGACCCCGCCACGUACAACCUGGUCGACCCGCCGUACCAGAACACCGUCUCCGUGCCCACGGGCGGUUGGGCUGCAAUGCGCUUCCGAGCGGCAAAUCCUGGUGUGUGGUUUAUGCAUUGCCACUUUGAUCGUCACACGGUGUGGGGCAUGGACACUGUGUUCAUUGUGAAAAAUGGCAAGGGCCCGGACGCUCAGAUGAUGCCACGUCCCCCUAACAUGCCCAAGUGCUGAGAAAACAAGGGCACGAGCUACGACUGCUCGGGUUGCAUGCAAGGCGCUCGAUCAAACCAGCUAAUCUUAGUUGAUUGGUUGAUUUAAUUAUUUGUGGUACAUAUUUUAAGUAGAACGGUUCUUCAAAUAAAACGGCCAGUUGAGAUGUAAUUAGUGUCAUUUGUGUUCUUUUCUCUUUUUAUUCAUUUGAUUGUAAGAGAAAAACAAAUUCAUUAUAUUUAUUAUUUGUGUCGGUCUACUGCUAGUUCAAUCUCCAAGUGUAAUUAAACAAUGUAUGUCAAAUCAUGUAUCUAGUGAAAAUUCAAUAUAAAUGCGUGCUUC